AAAACUUCCGUCGCUGUAGUGACGCGCCGCUUCCUGUAGGACUGAAAGUUUACCGCAGAAGCUGACAUGAAGAGAACAGUGUUGCCCCCCGUGGGUCCUGAUGACUUGCCCCUGCAUCUGCUGGAGGUGGGAUGCUCUGGAAAUUUCGAGCUCAUCACACAUCCACUGCCUAAGAACAUGGCAAUACCUCCAUUGAACACGCUCCCCCAUGGGUUGCCCCCUGUAUGUCUGGAUUUAAAAGCAGAGGUGGAGAAGCGUUUUCUCAGUGAUCCCGGUUGGCUCCCGAUACAUGAUAUAGACGAAGCCUUUCAAAAGUUCUCCAAGGUAUGCAAAAGAAACAUAGAUGUGGAUUCUCUUCUGCACGCUCCUCUGACUCCACUUCACACUGAACUGUCUGUGGUCAGAGACCCCACUACUGGAAUGCUGCUGGGUUUCACUGAGGUACCAUUAGAUAACACAGGGUUGUCUGCGAAGAAUUCACUGUCAUUACAAAGACAGCCAGGACCUCCGUCAGAGAGCCUGAGAGGGAGUAACACAAACUACCCGUUUCUGCCAGGUGGAAUGGAAGAACUGACAUUAGAGCAGAUCAAACAGAAAUCAGACAAGGAAGAGGACAUUGACUUUGAAAAUGAUUUGUUGACUGUCGCUCCUGGAAUGAAGGCUGGUAUGGACUUCCGUAAUAAAGAAACCAAACCCAAGAAGAGCGAGGUGAAUCUUCUAUCACUCCUGUCCAGUUUCGAUGAUGUCAUCGACACCCUCACGGAGGACAAAGACGAAGUCCCACUAAAAGAAGAAGCCCCUAAACUUCCCAGAACCAACAGCCUGGAGGACCUGGAAACUAAGGUUUUGGACUUGUCUAUUUCUCAACCUUCUGCAAACACCGUUGGCGGAACUGAACGGAAGAAGAAAACACAAGCAGAAGAGAAGGAAGAAAAGAAAAAAUGGGCCAUUCCUGUGGAUGUCUCUUCGCCCUGUGGGGACUUUUACAAACGCAUCCCUGAUCCAGCAUUCAAGUAUCCCUUCGAACUGGACGUGUUUCAGAAGCAGGCUAUUCUUCGUCUGGAGGCACAUGAUUCUGUUUUCGUUGCGGCUCACACCUCAGCUGGCAAGACUGUAGUGGCAGAGUACGCGAUUGCACUCUCUCAGAAACAUAUGACCAGGACCAUCUACACGUCUCCCAUUAAGGCCUUGUCCAAUCAGAAGUUUCGGGACUUCAAGAGCACAUUUGGUGACGUAGGGCUAUUGACUGGAGAUGUCCAGCUGAACUCAGAGGCCUCUUGUCUUAUUAUGACCACUGAGAUUUUGAGGUCUAUGCUGUAUAACGGGUCAGAGGUCAUUCGAGACCUGGAAUGGGUCAUUUUCGACGAGGUUCACUACAUCAAUGACGCAGAGAGGGGAGUGGUGUGGGAGGAAGUGCUCAUCAUGUUGCCAGAGCAUGUUAGCAUCAUCCUGCUGAGUGCUACAGUGCCCAACGCAGUGGAGUUCAGUGAAUGGAUCGGUCGUAUUAAGAAGCGGCACAUCUAUGUGAUCAGCACAGUUAAGAGGCCUGUCCCUCUGGAGCACAAUCUGUAUACCGGCAACAGCACCAAGACUCAGAAAGAGCUCUUCCUGUUGCUUGAUGCCAGUGGAAGCUUCCUCACCAAAGGCUACUAUGCCGCAGUGGAGGCCAAAAAGGAACGCACCAGUAAACACGCACAAUCUUUCGGCGCCAAGAACGCGUCACACAACACAACAGCCAGUCAGGAUCGAGCAGUGUGGCAGACGCUGCUGAACUAUCUGUCUCAGCGGCAGCAGACUCCGGUGGUGGCGUUCACAUUCUCACGGACGCGCUGUGAUGAAAACGCCCGCUCGCUGACCUCUCUGGAUCUGACCAGCUCAGUGGAGAAGAACGAGAUUCACUCCUUCGUACAGAAGAGUCUGAACAGACUGAGAGGAGGCGAUCGCCAGCUGCCGCAGAUCCUGUCAAUGCGGGACUUGCUGAAGAGAGGGGUUGGUGUUCACCACAGCGGCAUCCUGCCGAUCCUGAAGGAGGUUAUAGAGAUGCUCUUCUCUCGAGGUUUAGUGAAGGUGUUGUUUGCAACUGAGACGUUCGCCAUGGGCGUAAACAUGCCCGCCAGAACAGUUGUGUUCGACAGCAUCCGAAAACACGACGGCACGGGUUUCAGAAACCUGCUGCCUGGUGAGUAUAUUCAGAUGGCGGGCCGGGCCGGCAGGAGAGGUUUGGACGCUACAGGAACUGUCAUCAUCCUCUGUAAGGCUGGAGUUCAUGAUAUGGCUGAUCUUCACACCAUGAUGCUGGGGAAACCGACAGUGCUUCAGUCUCAGUUCAGAUUGACUUACACGAUGAUCCUGAACCUGCUCCGUGUGGAGGCGCUGAGGGUCACAGACAUGAUGAGGAGAAGCUUUUCUGAGAACCAUAGAGAUACACAGGCCAAUGAGAAGAGAAUAAGUGAGCUGAGACACACGCUCUCCUCUCUCCCUCCACUGGACACAGAGGGACAGUUAUCUGAUAUACUGUCAUAUUACCACACCAUCACAGAGCUGCGCAUCACCACAGAAACCCUGCAGCAAGCUGUUCUGGAGUCAGUGAAUGGACUCAAAGCGCUGUCUGUUGGGAGAGUGGUGAUAGUGAACAACACCCAGCACCACAAUGCCCUGGGAGUCAUUCUACAGGUGUCCAGUGAUUCUGUAAAUCGGACGUUCACUACUCUCAUUAUCUGUGAGAAGGGCAACGAGGAGCCUUCAGAUAAUCAGUCUAAUAAAUCUACAGCUCACAUCUACAGCUCUACACUGUUUAUUCCAGAGGGCCCGUGCAGUCAUACAGUGCAGAAACGGAAGUUGCAGGACAUCUCCGCCAUCACAACUAAAACCCUCAAGGUCAUUCCAGAAAGAAUCAUUGACAACUACAAUAAAAGACUGCAGCCACGCUUCAAACUUGAUCCACCAGGUCAGGCCAUUUCAACAGCGACCCAAGAGCUCCUGCGUUUAGCGGAGGCCAAUCCCAAUGGCAUAGUGACCUUUGACCCCGUGAAUGACCUGCACCUGAAGGCUGUGGAUGUGGUGGAAGGCGUGUUGAGACAACGAGUGUUACAGGACAGCAUCAAAAACUUCCACUGCAUCCACUCGCCCACCUUCACUGCACAGUUUGCACGUGUGCAAGAGAGGAUGAGUGUUCAGGAAGAGCUGGACAAGCUCAUGUUCCUGGUGUCUGAUCAGUCAUUGACUCUGCUGCCUGAGUACCAUCAGAGAAUCAAGGUGUUGGAGGCUCUGAAGUAUGUGGACAGCACUGGGGCAGUUCAGUUGAAGGGACGUGUGGCGUGUCAGAUCAGCAGUCAUGAACUGUUACUCACUGAACUGUUGUUCGAGAACACCUUGAGUCCUCUUGCCCCCGAGGAGAGCGCCGCCCUGCUGUCCUGCCUCAUCUUUACACAAAAUACCCAGAUAGAGCCGCACAUCACCAACACUUUACAGGAGGGCAUCAAUCAAGUGCUUUCUGUGGCGCAGCGUAUUGGUGAGCUCCAGAGGGAUUGUGGGAUAGCUCAGACCGCUGAAGACUUUGUGUCCCAGUUCAAGUUUGGCCUGACUGAAGUUGUGUACUGCUGGGCAAGAGGCAUGCCAUUUGCUGAGAUCGCUGAGUUGACAGACGUGCAGGAGGGGACGAUCGUUCGCUGCAUUCAGAGGCUGGAUGAGGUCCUGAAGGAAGUGAGGCAGGCCGCUCGCAUCGUCGGCGACUCCGUCCUCGGCAGCAAGAUGGAAAAAGCUUCGCUAGCCAUACGCAGAGACAUUGUGUUCACUGCUUCGCUCUACACACACUGAGAGAAGAAAAUAUUGUGGCAUUUUGUGCGUGUAUGAAAUGGGAGUGUAGAGAAUAAGUACCUACAAAACUUUACUUGAACUACUGAGUGCAUGUUUACAUGAAUUGUGUUUGCACUCCUGACCAAAGUUGUGAACUCAGUCUGACAUGGUUGUUGACGUCAAUGAUGAACUGUUAUUACAGUAUUUAUAUACAGCAAUAAAAUAAGCUGUGAAUGAAGUGCUGUUGGACACUGGUUUCAUCCAUAUGAAAAGGUCUAAGGUUUGGCGAAGUUGUGAUGAUGUUUUGUUAUGAAUUGUGACGUACAUCUGAGCGUAAUGAGAAAAAUGUGGGGCGGGGUUUGGUUUCAUUCUUCAGGAAUUUAUUUCAUUAAAGAUUAUGAGGGCACAUAAAAAAGACCCGCACGGAUAAAUCAGUUAUAAUAAAUACAGCAAUGUUAUAAAUGAGAAUCAGCAUUUUUUAUUUCACGGUGACUUAAAAAUAACUGCAGUGAUAUUUUAAUGUGAAGGACAUUAUGCAUUUCACCAUAGUAGUAAAAUUACAAAGGUAGUCAAGGUGCCCCAGAACAUUCUUCAAAAUAUCUUCUUUUGCGGUAAACGGAGCAAAGCAAUUUUUCCUACCAUGGUAGUUAAGGGUGGCCAAGAACUGUUUGGUUUCAGGUGUCCUUCCAAGUAUCUUUCUCCGUGUUCAUCAGAACAAAGAAAUGUAUACAGAUUUGGAAAAACUUGAGGGCGAGAAAAUCAAGACAGAAUUUUCAUUUAUGGGUCAACUGUUCCUUUAAGAUUUCUAACUUGUUAAUUCUAUAAAAUGAUUGAAGGUGUUUCGUAUCACAGUCAAUGUGUCUGUUUUCAACAAUUCUUUAAAUUGGUUAAAAAAAGUUUGCAGAUUUGUUUGCUUGGUUGCCCACUUAACAAUAAAAUCAC